UGGAGUGGGAGAGAAGAAGCCAUUAUCCCUCAGUACAGAGAGAGUUUGAGGAGAAAGGGAAGGAUUUAUCUCCUCCCAAGUGGAGGCCAUGUUGCAGCACGUGGGUUAAGCUCUGCGCAUGCGCAGACUCUUCCUUCUUUGAAACAAGGGGAUCAACGUGGUGGUCCAUUUCAUAGCAUAGGAAUGGCGGACAAACAGCAGCAGGCAAAGGUAGGCAAGCAUAGGGGGAAGCGCCACACACCAAGGAACUGGCUUCUUCCUGGAGGGUUCUGGCGCUAUGGCCGCUGUGCUAUGUACAGGAGGAGAGGGAAUUAUCUGAAAAAGAACCUCAACACUGAAAAGAAGGUCGAGAAGAGGACGUAUUUCAAGAUAAAGCCUGUGGGCGGAGAGAAAAAUGGUGGAAAAAGAAUGAUACUGUUGAAGAAAUCUAGAAAAUGGCUUCCUUCAGAAGACACCCCUAGGAAGCUAAGACGUCGUACCAAGCCCAGACCAUGUCGCCUGAGGAAGAGCAUUACCCCAGGGACUGUCCUCAUCCUGUUGGUCGGUAGACACGCAGGGAAACGCGUUAUAUUCCUCAAGCAACUUGGAUCAGGUUUAUUACUAGUGACAGGUCCCUAUGGUCUCAAUCGGGUUCCUCUAAGACGCGUGAAUCAGGCCUUCGUCAUUGCUACUCAAACUAAAGUCGAUGUGUCUGGAGUGACCCUCCCGGCUCGCUUGAACGACGAAUACUUCAAGAGAAAACGGCUAGUGACAAAGAAAGGCGGCAAGAAGUCGAGUAUAUUUGAGGACAAGGAAAACCGUUACAAGGUUACGAGCGAGAGGAAGGAAGAUCAGAAGGCGGUGGAUAAGCAGCUCUCGAAAGUGAUCGGAAAGGAAGAGUGUCUCAAGUCGUACCUACGUCACAAGUUCUCUCUCUCUCAUGGACAAUACCCGCACAAAAUGGUCUUUUAAGACGGUUUUGAAUUUGAAUUAUGAAAGAGAAAUUAAUUAUUAUUUUCAAAAAAUCAAUUAAAA